CUCUGUAUAAAGAGAAGAUGCAGCUCAGGCGCCCUUGAGAUGAUCGCAAGGAUUUACUGCUCUGCGCUUCUCUGCCUCUAACUUCAGUGUGCUGCUUCAACGCCAAGAGAUCAGGACUGUCACUGCGCAACAACAACACUCACUCUAUGGGCCAAGGGACAUUUAAAUGACACGGACUUUUCCAGUGUAAUAUCUAUAUCCGAAGUGCCGGAGAGAUUCAAAGACCCGAAUGUGAGCAUCUUUUUUUUCUUUCUCGUUACUUGAGACUUUGUGCGCCGCCGUUGCCGCUGUUUGGCGCAGUUUGGGUUGCAGGUGCGCGGAGAAGGAGCGUGAGGACAGAUGGCUGCGCUGACGAUACAAAGGAGUGACAACUUUUUGCACACCUUUUUACAGGACCGGACACCCAGCUCUUCUCCAGAGGGAGCAGCGAACACCCUCUCCUUCCUGGCCACCACCUGUAGCCAGGCGUGGCAGGUGGGAAGCUCUAUGGGGUCAGAAGGUUCUCAGUUCCCCUACGAGGGCACCGUCAGUUCCACGUCAGGGAUGUUUCAGCUCUGGAGUAACGAUAUGGCUCCCAGCACUGCCCUCAGCACACACCAGAUGACCUUCACUGUGCCUAAGGUGCAGUUCCCUGGACACAUGCAGUCUGGCCUUGGCCACCAUCACCAUCAUCCCCAUCACCAUCACCAUGAGCUGCCUCUCACGCCUCCCGCUGAGCCGCCUUCAUCGUACUCCUUCGAACUGUCCCCUGUUAAAGUCCUGUCCUCGCAGGCACAGGCCAGCGGCCCCUAUUACCCUCAGCACAACAGCGUUGGACAAAAUUUCUCAAACUUCCUCCAGAACUCCUCGGCCAGGCAUCACCUGCCCGGAGGCCAUGUAGAGGAAGGUCAGCAAUGGUGGAGCCUACCCCAAACUAAUGCCACCCCCACCAAUCAUCCCUUCUCUCUGGGCAGACAGCUUGUUUUGGGCCACCAGCCUCAGAUAGCCGCUCUUCUCCAGGGAACCUCGAAGGGGCUGCUGAGCUCCACGCGCCGUUGCCGACGUUGUAAAUGCCCCAACUGCCAGGCAAACAGUGGGGGGCUAGAGUUUGGAAAGAAGAGACUGCACAUCUGCCACAUCCCAGAGUGUGGUAAAGUGUACAAGAAGACCUCUCACCUGAAGGCACACCUGCGCUGGCACGCCGGGGAAAGGCCCUUCAUCUGUAACUGGCUCUUCUGUGGCAAGAGCUUCACUCGCUCAGAUGAGCUGCAGCGGCACCUCCGCACACACACGGGGGAGAAGCGCUUUGGGUGCCAGCAGUGUGGCAAGAGGUUCAUGAGGAGUGACCAUCUCUCCAAACACGUCAAGACCCACCAAACCAGGAAGAGCCGGUCUGGGCAGCCCUCACAGAGUACAGACCCUCUGCUCACUAACAUCAAGAGAGAGUAAACUCUGGGUCCAACAGUUAAAAUCUACAAUGAACAGUUAUUUACACUUGCUGUCAUGUGUUUGCACUAGAGGGUAAACAUCGAGCUCCCUAAAUAUCUCCUGUGGUCAAAACCCUGUUUUUGACUUCAAGUUCCAAAUGUUAUAGUCAUUUUAAAUAAAAGUUAAUGUGUGCAGUUUGAAAACAAGUCGCCUCCAAAGAAAACCUGUUCGGUGAGGUUGUUGUGUUAUCGUGCGUUCAUUGUACUUUCCAUGAUGCCACGCAAACCGAUUUCAUUUGGACACAAACAAGAUUUUACGCCUUUGACAAUUUGUUCAUGUUUCAGCCGAUGUGUAUCAAGCAUUUUUUUGAAAACUUCUUGAUGUACAUAUUUAGUCUGUGUGAAGGAUGCGGCAGGUUACGGGCAAACUUCCAACUUCCGUGAUAUUUUGUGCAUAUUACCAUGUUCAAAAUAAAUGAAUGCCUUAGUACAGUAAAGGGUCGCUGUACAGAUAUUA